AUGGUGUUCCCAAACUUGCUGAGCAUCAUUCUUUCCAUUUUGACAGUCUCAUCCUUCUAUCCUCUGAUCGAAUCUCUUUGGUUGAAAAAAGAUAGCUCCGGUAUCUCGACCUACUAUGUGCUUUUCAAUCUUAUCGCUGCCACGGAACAGUUCACGAUAGUGUUCUUCUUCAUGGUGAACAACACCGCGGGCAGUUCCGUUUUUGUUCAUACGCCAAUCAGCGUAGGCGACUGGCUUAAUUUCACUCAGAUGACAGUGUCUUACGUCUUAUUCCUUAUCUACUUCGCAUUAACACUCCACUACCUUCCAGACAACCGCGCCCACAAAUACACCGCUGUGGCUAUAUACACCGUAUUCCUUCUCAUUUCUGUUAUCCCAGAACUCAUAGAUGUGAUCACCGGGGGCCCUCAUAGCAAUAAUUCUGACAGGGAUUUUGGCCUCGCCCUUUUCAGCGUGCCCCACGUUAUGUAUAUAAACCCGGUCGUGACCCUUCUCAUCAUUAUCUCGUUCAUCUUUCAGGCCCACAAGAGCUGGAAGGAGUCCUCUGCCUGCAUGAGUAUUCGUGAUCUCGCAAUCCAAGCUCUUGUUUUUGCCCUGCUGGGCGUAUCAUGGCUCCUGCGACUUGAAUGGCCCCCGUUAAAUAUGCCAUCUUUCUACCAGUCGCGCUUGGCUGAGGUGUUCUGCCUGGUAGCAUGGGUACCUGUGGACCAUUUCCUUUUCGCGCUUGGGCAAGCGCUUCUUUGCUUUGUUAUUUGGAGACGUGGUGUUAACGCCGCUCACGGUACUGGGGAGACAGAACCCUUGUUAGGUGGCCCUUAG